AUGAAUCUGUUUGGAAUCGACGUGGAUUGUUGCAUGGCAACCAGGAAUCACCCAUUCUUUAUACUACGCAAUCAGCAAGACGGAGAGCAAAUGUUACAGACUAUCCACAACUAUUUCAGAGGGUUUUUCGGAUCAUCUAUUGAGUAUCAUUUAGAAAGUCGUGAUUCAGACUAUUUACCAAGACUGGAGAACAUCCAACAUAGUAAUAUUUCUUUCCAAAAUGAAGGAGCAGCCGCAGAAUUGUGGAAUGGGUACUUAACUCUCUCACCCUCACAGGAAUAUAUUCGAUUGAAUGCACACGGAAUUUUUGAAAACGAACAAAAUCUGAAACUGGCACAGACCAAAGUGCUCGAUUUAUGGAUCCCGGACAGUAGAGUUGGAGAUAUUUUGAAGAAUUUCACUGGAAGACAACUGUUUAUAAGUGGUGGAAUUUUCACGGAUGAUGAUGUCAUUCAGUUUUUGAACAGUUGGAAAUCAAGUCAAACACAUCAAAAUGUGGAGUACUUGAGUAUACAUCGCGAGAGAGGACUUUAUCAGGAUUUAAAAAGGGAUCUAAAUCCUGAAAAAAUAAUGAGAAAUAUUGAUGUAAAACAAUUUGAUCCGAUUCAGAAGAUGCCGAUUUAUUGUUAUGACAGAAGAAGAAGAGAUUGGGAUAUUAAAUGUGACUGGAAAAUCGAAAAGUUCGGUAGUCCACAUUUUAUGGUUCGAGAUGCUGAUCAACACGUGGCAUCACUGAGAAUCACAACUCAAGGAAUCCAAUUUGCAGCAUGGAAAAUGACAGAAGAAGAAGUUAUGAAAGGAAGAAUAGACAAGACUUUCCAGCGAACUCCACUCCUAAAAGCAGACCCUCCCAGAAACUCCAUCGAAAUUUCAAAACUUUCAUGGCUGAUUCAGAGAGAGAUCUUCUCAAACAUGGAGUUGGUGGAUCUGUUGAUGAUGGCUUCUUGUUCUCAGAAAUUCUAUCAGAAUAUGAAAUCAUUAAUGAGAAGCCGUUUCGACAAGAUAUUCACAAUCACUUAUGAGUCGAAAGCGCAGUCGUACAUCAAUAUCUCAUCAUCCUGUAGUAGAGACAAUCCAUUUAUGAGUCUCAAUAUGAGAUAUGAAUUCAGAGUUCGUCCACUUAUCCCAAUGAAUUUAGUUGGAAUGGAUUUACAAGUAAGUAUGCCAACCAGAAAUCACCCACUAAUGAUACUAUCCGAUCUGGAACAGGAACAAACACUGCUUCCAUCAAUCCACAAUUAUUUCCUCGACUUCUUUGGUUCAUCCAUCAAAUAUCAGUUGAAUGCUAACUUCCUGAUGCCACCAUUUUCAAAACUGAAGAAUAUCUCUAGUACAGAUGCGAAAAGUUACCUGGGAGGUGCUGGUUUCCACGAUUUUCUAAAAAUCUCUCCUAAUCAGGAUUUUAUCGGACUUUCUGAAUUAGAAAGCCCUUUGCUUGGAAGAAAUUUGGAAUUUGCUAGGACGAAAGUGUUACAUAUUGGUGAAACGAAAUGCUCGGCAGAUGACAUUUUAUCCAAUUUCGAAGGUAGACAGUUGUUUAUUGACGAUGGAAUCAUAAGCGAUGGAGCUAUCAUUCAGUUUCUGAACAAGUGGAGAUCGAGUGAAGGAUAUCAGAAUUUGGAAUAUUUCAGUAUUUAUGUCUCUCCAUAUAAAAAUCCUCUCAAUCCAAAUCAAAUCAUGAAUAGUAUUUCAAUCAAUCGAUUGGACCCAUCUGAUCAACUGCCAGUUUACCAAUUUGCUCAGAAAGAUCGCUAUCGGAAACGAACUUGGGGAAUUCAUAAGUUCACCAGUCCAAAUUACAUUGUUCGAGAGACUGAUCAACAUGUGGCAUCCAUAAAGAUUGCAGAUAACAAUAUCACUUUUGCCGCGUCGGAUAUCACUGAAAAAGAGUUUUUGGAGAAACGCCCCGUCAAGAGACUCUAUUGA